GUGCCAAGUCCAUCCCUCCUUUCUUCUCAUCGCUUGUAGCUUUGCCCCAUCGCAUCCUAUCAGCACCUUACCAUGGUCGGCACUGCUGUCCUCCACAAUGCUCCAGCGCCCGGCGUACCGUAUUUCGUACCCUUGGUACACCCGCCAGCCGGUACCGCGGUUGACCCACAACCGGAUGGAAAAGAAAUCCCAAGUCUAUUCAAGCCUCUUACAAUUCGUGGAGUAACGUUCCCGAACCGCAUUUGGCUUUCUCCCUUAUGCCAGUACUCGUCUGAGAAUGGUCUUAUCGGUCCGUGGCAGUUCGCCCAUCUUGGCGGAAUCUUCACUCGCGGACCCGGCCUCACCGUAGUCGAAGCGACCGCCGUUGCCCCCGAGGGUCGUAUCUCCCCUGAAGAUGCUGGGAUUUGGACGGAUGAGCAAGCGGCGGCUUGGGCAAAGAUCGUCGAGUUCGCGCACUCCCAGAACCAGAAGAUCGCGAUUCAGCUCGCCCACGCCGGUCGCAAAGCUUCGACGCUCGCGCCGUUCAUCCAUAUGGGCGCGCCUGCAUUAGAGCAUCAAGGCGGGUGGCCCGAUGAGGUAGUCGGCCCGAGCGCGGUCCCGUACGCUGAUGGUUGGAUCGUACCGAAGGAACUGACGAAGGAGGGGAUCAAGAAGAUCGUCACAGCUUUCGUCAACGCUGCGAAGCGGGCGGUGAAGGCUGGCUUCGACGUGAUUGAGAUCCACGGCGCGCACGGGUACCUCAUCAGCGAGUUCUUGAGCCCCGUUGCGAACAAACGCACAGACGAGUAUGGUGGCAGUUUCGAGAACCGCAUCCGGCUUGCAGUUGAGGUUGUCGACGCCGUCCGCGGCGUCAUCCCGCCCACUACGCCUCUCCUCUUCCGCGUAUCCGGAACUGACUGGCUCGAGAAUGUGCUCCCGGCAGAGGAGUCAUGGCGCUCGGAAGACACUGUCAAGCUCGCAGCCGUUCUCGCCGAGCAUGGCGUAGACCUCCUCGACGUUUCGUCCUCCGGAAACAGCCCUCUGCAACAAAUCAAGGGUGUCCCCGGGUACCAAGUACCGUUCGCUGAGGCAGUCAAGAAGGCACACGGUGACAAGAUUCUCGUGUCAACAGUCGGCAGUAUACACGAGGGCAAGUUUGCUCAGAGUAUCCUCGACGAGGGGAAGGCCGAUGUCAUCUUUGUGGGGCGCCUGUUCCAGAAGAACCCCGGACUGGUCUGGUCGUUUGCAGACGACCUUGGGGUUGACAUCCGACAGACGGGUCAGAUUGAGUGGGGUUUCCGAGGACGCGGCAAGCCGGCCGACAAGAAGCAGUAAUGCGCCGUCUCACGAUAUUGUAGAGUAUUGUCUGAUACAGGUAUAUAGCUAGUGACGAGCUUAGUAUCAGCUCAGAACGAUUACCAGACCAAGUCGGCGGCCACAUUGUAGCCUCGCUGCGUUGGCAUCAAUCUUUAAUAUCACCAUUCGGGAGUGAAACAGCUGCAGUGGUACGAGCGUGAUACUCAAGUGGUCGGCACCUAUCCAUCAGGACGUCAUACCAUGUCUCCCGUAACAUAGCCGUAACACGAUAGAAUACUUGGAGACGAGUACAAAGACGAACCGUGCGUAACCGAAGAGACUAGUCGACCUUCCUCGACCACCUCCUGUUGCUAGGGCGUGGGCUUGCGCGACCUCCGGGGGACGCAGGAGGAAUGACGACCUCGACCUUCUGCGGAGGAGUCCAGUGGGUCCGCGCCUUCUCGGAAAUACCAACAUGACCUAUCUCGAUCUCUUCCUUCUCAUCCUUACCCCAGUACAGCCACAAUUGGACGCCGAGAACGAUGUUGAGGGCAAGGGCGAGGGCGAAGCCUGCGGCAACAAUGGGAUCGCCGACCUCCUGAGCGGUCGUGAAGAGACGCGCGAGGCAUCCGCCAAUCUGUGAGAUGACAGCGAAGGCAGAAAGCUGGCCGGUGCUCUGAGCGCGGUAGUUCUGGCGGAUCUGGGGAAGUUUGGAGAAGAGGGAAAGGGGCAGAGUCGCGAGCUGGAAGAGCGCGAUAGUAGAUGUGGGAAAGAUAGCAAGCGGGAUGGCGGUUGCGAUCGUAGCUUGUGCGGCCAGGAUGACGCGCUGACGGGGGGAACGAGACGCAAGGAUGUUUGGAGGGUUAUAGUGCACGAUGAGGGCGGUGAUGAUGACGUUCUGGAUAGUGAGGAAUAGGUUUUCGCCAUAGGUCGAGAAGGGGAAAUUGUUGCGGUACGCGUAUGCAAGGGUGAUAGCAUAGGCAAGCGUCUCGAGCACAUAAGCCGUCAGGGAGAGACCACGCGCUGAGCGUGCGGAUAUAAUAAGAAGCAACUGAGGCACCUUCAUGAUGGAGCCGCCAACCACUAUACCCAGCCCAAGACCUUUCGAAAUCGAGUACUUCAGACAUUCGACAUCACUGAAGUCGAGGUUUUCGACAAUGGAAGUGUAGCAUUUCUGGACGGUGUUUGAGAGCGGACGUGCGGGCAGCGGAUUAGAGUCAUACCUGGCCGACUAUGGAGACUCCGAAAUCUUUGAUGAACCAAGGCAAGUUUUGUGCAAUGGCGGUCAUGGUGCCGCGGGCAAAGGAGGGGAUGUGGUCAGGACGAGGACGAG